AUGUCUCACCUCACCUACACGUCCUACGAAGGCUACGGCGAGCGGGCCAAGAAGGACCUUUGGUACAGCCAAGCCGUCCGUGUUGGAGACAUUAUUGAAUGUUCUGGUCAAGGCGGCUGGGAUCGAGAGACAGAGAAGAUCGACUCGGAUAUCGUGGUUCAAAUAGAGAAAGCCUUCGACAACGUGGAAUGCGCAUUGAAAGCAGCAGGUAGUCGUGGUUGGGAGGAUGUCUUCUUCCUAAGGUCACAUCAUCUGCCUUGCAAUGACGAGGCAAUCCAGACAAUGGUUCGCUGCCUCAAGAAAUAUUGCCCGAAUCACCAGCCCACCUGGACAGCCUUGGGGGUUCCGCGCCUGGCUCGCGAUGAUAUGCUGGUAGAGAUUGAGGUGCGCGCGCAUGUUCCCAAAGACCGGGACGAGUAG